UUUCUGCCCCCUAGAUUCAAAAUCCUUUCCAGCUCCCACCCUUCAAUCGAUUGAGUCGUGCAAAAAACCACAACUCCAAAACACUACAGAAAAUCCUCCUGAACAACCAGUAACAAUGAACCGCUUCGCGACCUCCCGCACCCUUUUCCGGGCCUUCGCAACGCCCCGCGCUACUCUCCCCGCCGGCGGCGUCGCACCCCUCCACACCUCCCGCCAUCUCCAAUCCACCGCCGGCUACGGCAACACCACGACCUCGGGUCAAUCCACGGGCACCUCUUCUCCAAAAUCCCCCGAGGACGCCUCUGCCCAAUCAGGCGGUUCCCGCUCCAAGGAAGCCGUCGAGACGGGCUCCUCGCCCACGGGCGGCCCGAUCCCCAACGCUUCCAAAGGCAAAGAGGAGUCCAACACCUCAACCUCAACCUCAACCUCCGAGUCCGACAAGUUCGCCAUGCCGGACGGUCUAGCGAACGGCGACGCCCGCGGCCGCACCGGUGGCGGCGAGCCCCUCUCGAGCUCCCAUCCAAGCGCGCCGGCCCAGCCCAAGAUUAGCAACGCUAGCGUGCCCGGGAACAAGCCCAAGUUGACCAAGGAGCAGCAGGCCGAGGUGGACGCACAUAAUAGGGACUUUGAGAAUAAGCAUGGGAAGGCGGAGAGGGCCGCGGAUGAUAAGGUUAACCCCAAGUUUUGGGGCGGGGGUGGGAGGCGGUUGGAGGAGGACUAAGUGCGGAGUGGACUUUGUGCAUGGAACGGAGUCUUCGGUGUCCGUAGUUGGGGGUACAUGGUCGAGGAAUAUCGUCAGUCUUUCCCUGCGGUGCUAUCGUAUCUGCCUACUCACAGAGGCAAUGAAUUCAUUGAAGUUCAAGUGUAGUAUUUCAUAGCGGUUCAACAGAUGUUAGAUGACAUGCCGAAGGUCGAAGGCGGAUUGGAAGUCCAACUUCCUAGGUUCUUUCAACCGAUACUACAUCUUCCAAACGAAAUUCGAAUCUU